CUUACUCUCAAAGCAUUCAUAGUUAUCCAAACACGUAUCCAAUAGUUGUAACAUUAAUCAUUAUACCUUACACCCAAGGAAAUCCAUAACCCCAAGAACCAACUCACGUCGCAUCACAGCAAAAAUGUCAUCCUCAGCACCACCCCAACCCCCAACAUCAGAAGCCUACAAAACAGCCUCGAACCCAACAACCCGCACCCCAGCCGAGAACGCCGCGGCUCACGAUGAUACCACAGACCGCGAAACCGCCGCGCGCGACGCAGCGCUAGGCCGCACGCCCUUCCCGCAAUCUCAAUCACGCCCCGUCGACGACGCGACGCCGAGUUCGCUGGGCGCAGGCGUACACUCCUCCGGCCCUGUGGACGAGACAGAGCGGCAGAAUACCGCGUACGUGUCUGAGGGCAGCAGAGGCAACGAGCUGGAGAACCCCAACGUCGAGGCUGAGCAAAUGGCUACGUUGGCGGAGGGGAAGGUUGCUGAUGCGGUUGAGAGGAAGAGUGGUACGCAAAAGGUGCCGGGGCAGGAGGUUGUCAAUGUGGAGUUUGGGAGUGGAAUUGAGGAAAAGAAGAAGGAGCAGCAGGAGGCAAGAGAUGCGAUCAAGAAGGCGAGAAGCGAGGGAGUGGAUGUUGAUGGUGGGAUUGGUGAGAGGUCGUGAAGGACGGAGUGACUUCGAGAUGUGUAAGGGAAAAAGGGAAACUACCAAUGCUGCGAUAUCCAUCAAGGAGCUGCCAUGAAUAUCAAAAAAGAAACCCAAUGAAUGAAAGUACUUUACGCAAACCCACGAAAUGCAUCACUCAACAUAUAGUCAAUGAAAAAAAAAAGAGUUGUUCUCCCCUUCCAGAAUCGAACUAGAGACCUUUCGAUGACAAGGUAACCAUUACAGUCGAACGUGAUGAACCAACUA